CAUAGGUUUGUGUAGGAUUUUCAGGUGAUAUGGUCGCAACCCGGCGGGAAUAACGACACCAGCGCCGCGUUAUUUUAUUGGAACGAAACCACGCCUAUAACCUGAAGAUUUAUACCAUACUAUGAUGGCACGCAGUCGUAAAGAUAGUACGGGUAAAAGCGACACCGAAGUCACUGAUAAAGAAAAUAAGAGGGAAAGAGGUAGAGAAAGAGAUAGAAAAAAGCGGGCUGGCUCUACAUCUAGUAGUGGCAGUAGUUCUUCAGAUAGUAGCUCAGGAUCAUCAUCUACAAGUAGUGGAAGUAGUUCCAGAUCAAGCUCUACAUCUAGUACUACUUCUACUAGUUCAGCAAGUUCUUCUGGAAGCUCUAGAGACAGAGGAAGAAAACGAAGUAGAAGCAAAAGUGUUGAUGCUUCACGUAGACAUGAUAAUAAAGAAAAAGAAAGAGAAAAAGAAAGAGAAAGAGAAAGAGAUAGAGACAGGGACAGAGAUAGAGAUAGAGAAAAAGAUAAAAAGAAGAGUAGUAAUUCUGUGAUUGAUAAACCAAAACCUAAAGGACGCUCUAGAUCACCUUCACCACGUAGAAAACGUAGGGAAAGAUCACCAAUUCCUAGACCAACAAAAAUACAUAUUGGACAUCUAACCCGUAAUGUUACUAAGGAACACAUUAUGGAAAUUUUUUCUACAUAUGGUCAGAUAAAAAUGGUCGAUUUUGCAAUGGAUAAGCUUCAUCCAAAUCAAGGGCGAGGGUUUGCCUAUGUGGAAUUUGAAACAGCAGACGAAGCUGAAAAUGCAAUGAAACAUAUGGAUGGUGGACAGAUAGAUGGCCAAGAAAUUACUGCUGCCCCAGUAUUAUUACCAAAACCACGACCAUUACCGAUGCGGAGAAUGUCACCUUUAAUGGGAAGAAGAGCGCCCCCACGAUGGGGUGGUGGUGGUAGAAAUACUCCUCCUCGUUAUCGUAGACGUUCACCACCAAUUAAUCGUCGUAGAAGCCCACGGCCACCAAGACGUAGACCAAGAACUCGAUCGCGAAGUCCCCCAAAUAAUCCACGACAUCGGCAUCGUCGCUACACGAGAUCAAGUUCAAGCAGUUCUCGAUAGCAACUUUUUUUGUACAUAUAAAAUAAGAACUGAAUUUGACCAAACUCAGUUCAUCCUGGUUGGUCGUCUUAAUAUAUUAAGCAAUUUUUACCGAUUCAUUCGAUCAUAUUGACAGGGAAGUGUAUGCACUCAAAAAUUUAAUACACUUGUUCACAACGGUGUUUGUGACAAUUCACAUUUUUGUCGAUGAUUGAAACACCGUUCGUGAUCUGCAAGUUCUGCUUUUGAAAUAUAUCAAUUUCACACGUGAUAAAUAUAUUGCUAUUAAUUGGUACCUGAAGGCUGAUGACCCCGGAUGAAAAAUAUGUAUUCUUAAACAUUGUCACAUGAUCGUAUUAAAUAUAAGGCAUGAAGA